CUCAUGCACAAGCACAGUACACAGAGCGCACGUUGCAUUGCGCCGGCGUACACAUUGUUAUUGUGUUAAUUGUGUACAUCUGUGAGGACAAGCGCUCUGAACAGUAUGAGGAAAAAUGCCUGAUUGUCAUAUACCGAUGGAUAUCACUGGAUUUGUAAAGUCUACCCUGCACAUUAAGGCAGACCACAGUUAACUGCAACUAUGUAAAUGUCUCGCGCGCGCACUGGAUCGGAAUAGUCGCGCGGAGAAACAUAAGGAUCUCAUUUAUCACGAAACAUGACGAUACAGCGGACGUACAGCUUAUAACGCUACAAAAGGCAAGACUGAAAAAAGCAAAGAGGAUGAGGAUACCAUCACCAGGCUCUCUUCGCUCAGCCCCAGAUGCCUCCGCUCCCUCUUGACGAGCGCAUAGUGGUUAUUCAGCGCCCCAAAAGUUUGGCCUUGCGCGUGGCCUCCCCACCAACCACUUCACAGUCUUCCUCACACCGCCCAGCCACUCACAACAAGCCCCCACCCCACUUACCACAACCCCAACCCCAACCCCCACCACCCCAUUUCCAUCCAGGUUCCAACUACCUGUCUCUGGAAUGCAAGCACAGACAAUCAUCCCAUGUUCAGAGAGAUAAAGGAGAACCAGAUGCUCCCUUUGAGGGCAGCAGCCACAAUGCUAGCCAUUGUCACAGCAAUGGGAUAGUAACUUUAGGUCCAAGACCUCACAAGCACACACAUACCAUUGACAUUAGAGUGUCUUUGGACAAAGGUGUAAGAGGAGAAUCCUACAUAGACAAAAGCCGCAGCAGUAGUCUUACCCGAAGUGGAAGCAUCAAAGGGAACAGAACUAAACGGGUGUCACUGCACUUGGAUCCAGGGCGAAGUGAAAGGAAAUGCAAAGGAAAGUCUUCUGAAUUAGUGGAGAAGCAUCACCAGAACCAUAAUCAGAGUCAAAACCGGACUCAGCACAGUAGCCAUCAUCCGAACCAACUCACAGUCUCACCUGGAGGGAUCUUGGAAUUUGUACCAGCGCAGAGACAGCAGUCAAAAUCCAAGCCAACAAGAGAGAGAGACCUGUCAUUAAAGUCUUGCUCUGCAACUGCCAGCCACCCAUUGCACAGUGAUAGGGACGUAUCAUCUGUAGGAAACAAGGAAAACUCCAAACUGGGACCCGGCCACCAACUGCCCCACACCCACAGCGUAUCCCAUCACCACAGUUCAGCCCCAUUACCCCAUGCUGCCAUCCUAAGCCCACACUAUCCUGCUGUACCACCCUCGCUCCCUCCCCGAGGCCCUUCCUCCUUCCAGCACAUCAGUCAACCCCGUCCCUCACGCCCUAGAGAACAUCGGCCCCAAAUUCUUCACGCUUUGCCCCUCUCCCCUACUUCCUCCCAAGGAGGCUUCCCCAGUCCUGACCACACAUGUACGAUUGACUUUUCCCACCCUUGUGGCUGUUGGAGGUUAGUUCGUUGUAGAAGAGGUAGAGGUCACUCGGCUGGCUGCCACGGUCAUAGUACAAGCCCAUCCUCUUCGUUUUCCCACACCCAAGGAGCAAGUGCUGCCAACGGAGGUGACGGAACCAUGGGAUUGAAGACUUUAGGAGGGUGUCUGUCCACUGCUUCCACUACCAACACCUCCUCUUCCAACAGCACUGUCUCGGACUGUCGCACAGGGCUGCUCAGACCUUUGGGUUGUGCAUCCUGUUCUGGAGAAGCUGGAGCUUUUGAGAGCCCUUCUGCUUUCCGUAAGAAGCUGGUUGGGGGUUGUUUACCCUGUACUCCCCUUUCCUCAUCUGCACCUCUUCGAGCACUCCAGAGUUGCGUUAGUGGGUGCAAUCCCAAAGCAAGCCAAACUGGAAGCUCCACGUGCAGUUACUGCAGUAGUGACCCCAUUGUAGUGACCUUUAACCCGCACAGAGGGAAUCCUCCCAAUAUGGGGCGUAAUAUGGGUGCACAUACCGUGGGAGGAUACCAGCCUGAUGAUGACGAUUACAGUGUACGCACAAUCUGGCCGGAGGAGCUAGCAAAAAAGAUGACUCGCUCUAAAACCCAACCUAUCCAUCACAACGCAAGUAUUGGAAUGGGCUCAGGGAGGACCUGCAUGGGCCACAACCAAAAAAGUGGCAAUCCUGUAAUCCUGGACUGUCGUAACCUUAUGGAGUUCACACGUUCCCAGCUGACAGAUCAGGCAGGGCGACGGAGGCUCCAGCAAGGCAAGAUGGCAGUUUUGGACUUUAUCGGAUCAGGGAAUAGUGGAGACCAGGGUAGAGAUUCCCUCAAGCGGCUUUGGAACAAAGGAGCAGAUGCUUGCAUGGGGGAUGGCAACGGGUUCGAUGACGAAGUGCUUCCACAAUCCCCAUCCCUCCACUCUCCAUCUCCAGAUUCCCCUCCAUCGUUCUCACCCCCACCCUCUGCUCCUAGCACACUUAUUAAGCCCAAACCCAAACAGCGAGAGAGGGAGGGUGGACACACCUUACCCUCGGCCCAGUCGCUCCACUUGGUCCUCAACUCACUCAACAGAGAACAAGAUGAGGAAAAUGGACGAGUGCAUCUUUCCCUCCCUCUUUCCUCAUCCCUCCCAGCUUCACUAUCUGAGGAGAGUGUCAUGACCCCAGAUGUGGAGAAUGCUGUGAUCAGCCCCAUCCUCCCUUUCCUUUUUCUUGGCAAUGAGAGAGAUGCACAGGAUUUGGAUCUACUGCUUCGUCUCAACAUUGGUUUUGUGGUCAAUGUCACAACCCAUCUUCCCCUCUACCACCUGGACACAGGCUUGGUGCGUUACAAAAGGCUACCUGCCACUGACAACAGCAAGCAGAACCUGCGACAGUAUUUUGAAGAGGUUUUUGAGUUUAUCGAGGAAGCUCACCAGUGUGGACGGGGCGUUCUUGUGCACUGCCAAGCAGGUGUGUCCCGCUCAGCUACUAUAGUCAUUGCUUACCUGAUGAAGCACACCCUCAUGACCAUGACUGAUGCCUAUAAGUAUGUGCGCAGCCGGCGACCAAUAGUCUCCCCCAACCUCAACUUCAUGGGCCAGCUGCUAGAGUUUGAGAGAGACCUCAACUCUGGGGUUACACCUCGCAUCCUCACCCCAAAACUGAGUGGCCUGGAAACACAAGUUUAAAAGGGCGGUACAAGAAAGAAGAUUGUGAGAAAACGAGAGGGGAAAGGGAGAUAAAUAGAAGAGGGAAUUGAUGGACAGAAAUGGAUGGAUAAAAAAACAAGGGUAAGAAUAAAGCCGUUUAACGAGAACAAACAGUUGAGGAUUUGAAGAGAGGUGACAGAAAUAACUAGAAGAUGAAAGCAGUCCAAAAGAAAUAGAUGAAAUGGUAUAUUUUAAUUGAAGUAUCUCCACGCUUUCUGUUCCAUAUAAAUAGCACUUAUUUGACAGUUGGCAAAUGAAUGUUUGUGCUACCCACCCUGAUUCUCUGUUAAUUAUGUGCCAAGUUUUAAUUCAAAGAAUGAGUCAGUUCACUUAAAUUAUUACCAUAUUACUAUUAUCAAACUUGGUUAAAUACAAACGCUGUAUAAAAGUAUUUGGGGGGGAAACAAAUGCAAUCAAAGAACACUCUGGCUGUCAAGCACAGAAAAAGAUCCGAUGUGUUGAGACUCUCAGAACUGUGACAUGCAUCACAUUCGAGACCCAAGAGCUGUAGCAAACUUCAAACUCCCUUUCCACUGUGCACAGAACUUUUCUAGACAGAUUAUUUUUGAUUUGGGAGUUCAUUUGAAGGCACUUUUUGGGUUACUUUGCGUUAGCUGCCAACUAUUUAUAAAUUUGUCCACUGACAUGAAGAUUCAUUUUGCCUUUGAAAUUUUUUCGAUACUGCUAUUUUUGUUACUUGAUUUUACAUCUUGGAUUCUUUAUCUUAGUGUCUUUGUGUGGGAGGUGUGCAAUAGUGUUGAUGCGGACGUGGGACUGAUUUAAGCUAUUUUCACUUGGACAGUGUUUCUCUAAUGGACUUUUUUUCUUUUGCAUGGGACAUGAACCAGCCAUUCUGAUGGCAGAUCUAAUCCAAAAAUCAUAUAUUUAUUUUUUAUUUCUUGCUUAUGAUAUUUAACAAAUGGCAAUUUGUAUAAAGCAAUGUGUAAUGAAAAAAAAAGUGUUAGAAGGAAAAGUGGAUAAUAGAAUAUAAAAUAGUUUUUUUUAUUCGACUCACUAUUUAUUUUACUUUGGGCAGGCAGCAAUGACUUAAAAUUACUCCAAUUAAUUUUUUUUUAUUUUUGUGCUUUCUGUAUGUGUUAUUAUUAUUAUUAUUUUUUUUUGAGCUGCAGAUGCUGAUAAGAUAUUGAGGAGAAACAUCUUGUGGAAUUGACCUUUACAUUUUUAAUAAGGAAUAUGUACACUGCUUAUUUCUGUGCGAAAUUACUGUGACUGGAGCAGGUCAACAUUAAUCUCACUCUUUAAUAUGAGCUAAUUUUGCAAUUCAAAAUUUCACACAAAGGUGAUAAGUAGAUAUUUAUAGUUUAUGCAAAAUCAGCAGGAAAGUUCCAAGGUCAUGCAGGUGUAGCUAAAACAUGAAGUGUUUCCGUCAUUUGCUUUUCUGUCAUAUUCAGUUCAUUGCAUAAGAAAAAUGAACACCCUUUCAGCUUUAAAGCCUGCCCUAUUUUUAAACAGCCUGCCUAAUUUGACCAUGAUCAGAUUUUAGUGCUUUCAGGACUGUAGGCAAACAAUCUGGUUUUGUAUUAUAUACCAUAAAGGAAACUAGAUCCACGUCCUCCAUUUAAAUUCUUCCUUCUUUUUCUUUUUUUUUCCUCUAUGCCCUCUAAGAGACUAUGCAUUAUUAUGGGAAUACAUUCUGUGAAAAAGACUUGGUUCACUCAGUUCACUGUGAAACAUUCUUCUUCCUGCAUAUUGUCAAGUUUUCAGCCUUGGUCCUUGAAGCCGCCUCUCAUCAGUCUUGACAAGCGAGGAGUUUGUCUGCUGUCUCUGAGCUCUUUUCUGCCUCACUGAGCCACUGGGCCUUCACACACCACUGCUGUGUCUCCAUUAAUGUGCUCUGCCCAACAGUGUGUGACAAAGUAUACUAUUUUGCAUUUCAAAAACCCCCUGCAGUAAAGACAUGUUAAGGUGUUUUCUUAUAGGUACAAGACCUCAGAAAUGCCCCCAUGUUUUAACAUCUGUCUGAUUGAUCUUAGUCCAGACCAGUUCAGUGCCAUUGCUGUGUUAUUUUAGGGUCAGCAGCUGCUUGUAUUUAUCAUACAGUGACACAUUGACUGUUUCUUUCUGUCUCUCACUGCUGACAGUGUUUUUGUCUGUCUCUGUAGCUUGAUUAUGCCCUGAGGAAACGAUUAGGUAAGCAACUCCUAAUAAACGGGUCUCAGUGAGGUGACAGAGUGCCGAGAAAUCAGACAAAUCUUAAUCUAAAAAAAAGCAGGAUUGGGCAAAAUUGGGAAUUCAAGAAUCGGCCUCCUUUCAGUUCAUGGGUUUGAAUUUGAUUUGAAUUGACCACAUGCCACAGCGUAUUGAACUGAAAUGACAUGAUGAGGAAUUCAAAGAAAUUCAACACACACUUGCAUGCCCUCAUGACUAGAAUCCAUGAAACAUCCCACACAAUACUGUACACAGUACAGCUCAAUACUAAUUCCUUCAAUUUAAAUUAGAAUAACAAUUCUCUUUUUUGCUACCUCAAUUCAAAUUCAGGAAUUGAAUUGGAAUUUAAAAGGCAUUGUCAGUUCUGUUAUCAAUGCCACAAAACCCUGCUAAACAUGGAUGCUGCUGAUUAGCAUUUAGCCUAACAAAUAUGUAUUUUUAAAACUUGAAUUAAGAUCCCGUUGGCAUCUGAUACAAAGUACAAUUUUCUUCCAGAAUUUCUUUAAAUCCAUCAUUUACCAUUUCAUUAAAACUGCCAGUUGCCACCACGUCUGCAUGAGAAAAUGUGUAAAGUGUGUUUUACAAGAAAAUAAAUGCCUGGGAUGCCUUUUGGUACAAUAACCGUCUUCCGAGUCAAUGUAGCACCUAUCAAUGGAAAGAAAUGGAAGCACUUGGUAGUUUUUCAAUUGUUUGGAAUCUUUUUUUUUUUUUUUUUUUUUAUAUAUAUAUAUAUCUGUCUGCUGCACAAAAGUGUGUGGAUCUGAGAAGUCAGUCUUUGUGUUUUCUGUGUGCUAGGCAUGUUGAGACAGUAAUGUGGGUUAGGGUUAGGUGUAAACUUUCAGACCAUUUUAUCAAUAAUCCCAACCUCAGCAGCUCAAGCUUCUCUGUAAACUCACAUCGGUCAAUGCCAUGAGCCACUGUUGUAUGCCUUCUUUACCCUGGAUUUGCUCUUCCAGACAUUGGGGAAAAUUGACCUCUUUGUACAUUCAAUCAUACCUCUCACUGUAGAAAAAAA